UUCUUUAUUCGUAACAUGUGUUUCGCAUGAUUCGCUUUAGACACUUUUUCAAACUUUUCUUCAACUAUAUUUGGAAGCAAUUUCAGUGUCCAAAUUGAGACAACAAUUCCAUGGAUAAUCAACCAGUUGGGAAUGUCCACUCCGAUCCUCACUUGAUAGGAGAUCCAUCCAAGGUUAAAGGUCCGGAUAGCGAUGGAUCAUUCGGUAUCCCCGUUCGAGCCUUGAACAUCACUUGGGGCAAUGAUCCUCGAUAUUGGGAACUGGUUAAAUUUUGCGAGACCGAGUCUAAACUAGCGGGAUUUGAAGAGGGUGUGGCGCUGCAACAAGUGAAUUGGCUCCAAGUGACGGGGAAAUUCGAACUCGUGACCUUUAACAUCGUGCCAAAAUUAUACAAAGUGUACUACAUGAUGAAGUUCAACGAGGAUGCGUUUGGAUGGAACCACGCCCCGAUCAAAUUCAAGGUGAAAUUGGAAGGGGGCAGUGAGAGUGAAGUGAAAGUGAAUCUUCAUAAGUAUCGAGAGAAGCCGAUGAUGUGGCACAAGGUUUACGUCGGAGAGUUUAAUGUUGUCGGAGAUGGGAGUUCAAUGACGGUGGAGGUUGGGAUGUUUGAAGUGGAGACGGAUUGGUGGAAAGGCGGAGCGAUCCUCGGCGGCGUUCGGAUUGAACCCGAGUUAUAGAUAACUUAAUUAAAUGAUGUUAUUAAUUGGUAUAUGGUUUUGUAUUGCAUUAAUUAUAUACAUAUAAGUUCUGUUGUUUGA